AUGGUUAUAAAAGGAGUACGUCCAAGUCCAUUUUCAGAAAAUACACCAGAACAAUAUGAAGAAAUUGUCGAACAGGCCUGGGAUCAUGAUCAUAAUAAACGACCAAAAAUUGAUUACUUACUAGAACAACUUGAAAAAAUUAAAGCAGAAGUUGAAUUGCAUCAAAAUAAAUCUGCAAUUUCUUCUCCUACAUCUCCUACAUCUCCUACAUCUAUUAAGAAAUACAAAUUUAAUGACUUAGGCAAUGUGCCAUCAUCGUCUUCAUCUCAAUUACUACCAGUUGAACGAAUAAUAUCAGAACUCCACAAUAAAGGGAAGUACGAUGAAGCUUUUGCCCAAUUCGAGCAACUGGCACAAAAUGACGACCCUUUAGCCUUAUACUAUACUGGUUUAUAUCUCUACGAAGGAACUUAUGGCAGUAUUAAAAGAGAUGUAAUUCGAGCAUUGCAAUUUUUUCUAAGAUCUGCUAAGCAUGGUAAAGCACAAAGUAAAUAUAAGUAUGCUUAUGCCUGCCUCACAGGGCCUUAUUAUUCCUUUGAAGAAGGGAUAAAUUAUCUUAAAAUGGCUAUGAAAGAUAAUGAUCCUGAUGCUUUAUACAUGGCUUCUCAGAUAUAUUUAAAUGGAGAACAUGGCUAUCCAAUUGACAAUGCUAAACAUCAAAAGUAUUUAAAAGAUGCAGCUAAAAAUGGAUCAACUAUUGCACAAAAGGAUCUUGCAAUACUGUGCAUGUAA